AAUUUUUUGGGUUGUGGGUACUUCCCAAAGCCGGUACAGGCCGGUUGAGGGGUCAAUGUGUUAACAGACGUAUCGCUAAGGUCGUGGCUAGACGAGAAAACAAGAUCAAAAGCGAGAAACUGGGAACGAGGUUGGCGCGCGCACGUUUUUUUUAUGUUCCCCCCGUUUAUCCAUCCACUAGAGGCAACAGUACUUAUGAUAGUUCAUAAGUACUUAUGAACCCAUGGUAAAUAGCAGUCACUAUUUCAAUGAUCAGGCUGGUAAAGAGGGGCAAAUGGUCGAUUUUAUGUUUCUCGUAGAGUGAAAAAUGGCCGAAUCUCGUUUCACGAAAAUACUCUUUACCACCCUGAAUGAUACAUGAUUCUUGAAGCUCGACACUCUUGUAUCUAGGAAUUGAAUCUGCCACCUGCAUGCCUGCAGGCGCAUCUCUUAAAAGCUUUUGUUGAUCAGAAUAUCACUCAGUGGCGUCUACGUGACCUGCGUUAAGCUGUUCGAGCUGCUAAGUCAAGCACCGUAUAAAGAAUUCGGGUGCUACUUGAGUUUUAAAGACAGGACUCGGAAGCCUGGAAAAGACAUGGGCAAGCUCUUUGUCUUAUUUCUGCUGGUUCUCUGUUCCGCAAGCAGCGGCAAGACAUCACAUCGCGUCAGUGAAUCUGUACCAAGAUGCAAAUGUGAUCAAGUCAUCAACGAAAACUGCUUCGGAAAAAAUAAAAUAAGAACAAAAAAGAUUAUCUGUGUGUACCCAUCUCUUGCUAGAAUCGAGGAAGAACUUCAAAAAGCCGGGGGUUAUAACCCGCGAUAUGCAUCUAUCGACGCGUGCGGUGUGGCAGACUUCAAGCCACUCGGGGACUUUCAUACCGCGCCCUUGCUACAUCCCUUCAUCGCGAGCUCAGAGGUAACACAAUGCAGAAGAAAGAAAAACAUGACAUGCGCAUUUGACGACGAAAAGCCACCAGUGCCUCCAUUCAAAAUCCAGCAACCAACAAAAACGCCGAAGGACAUUCCGUUGCCUCUAUACGUGAAAAUAUAUGGUAAGAAAGCGAGAAACCCGCUAUACCAGGGCGGCCCCUGGUGGACGAAGGGAGUGCCGGGGAAGAAUGAGAAUAAAGCUAAGAGCAGGGUGAAACGCGACCCGCCAACCACCAGUACUGUUAAGCCGAGAAAAUGUCUCUUCAAAGGAGAAAUCAUUCCCGGCACAAAUCGCUACCAAGCGUGCAGUGUGUGCUCGGUGAAAACGGACUCAGGAACCGACGUCUACCCUAAGUUCGUUAACGAGCUCGUCUGCGCCCAUACACUCGUCCCGCCCGUACAAAACUACGUGGACCCAAACUGCAUGUCCAACCUGGGCUUCUGUAUCCAGCAGAGCCUAAGAAUCCCUGGAAUCAGGAUCACUGGUUUCACACGAAAGCAAAACGGCCUUUUCCAACCAAAUAUCGAGCGAGUUCAAAUAACAGUCAGGGCAUACUGCAGUUGCCAGAUUUCCCAAGUCGCUAAGAACAUAACAGAUUUGUUCUUAGUACCUUCACAAGGACCGCCAUACUCCUAUCAGGGGCAUAGCCCAGGAGGCCCGCCCCCCCCCCCCCCCCCCCCACCCUUUUACCAGCCAAAAAUACAGUAAAUGUAUGAGACAUUAUCUAAAAUACAGGAGAAAAUGACUUAUAAGUCCCUUUUGGCUACGCCGCUGCAUAUUUGCUUAACCAUGUGGAUAGUUUCUGAGAAAUGGCGGUGUAAUUAAUCUAAAAAGAAUAAGGUUAUAUUAGCAAUGUUAUAAAAGAGUCAUCGCGAUGUGUGAUUUAUGGCAUGUUAUAAUCAAUACAUAUAUUUAAACAAAACGACGAACUUUUGAGAAUGUUGUGCUAUGUGCAGUAAAACCCACAUUGUUUAAUGGGUAUCUAAUAAAAAGGUCUUCAAAGCCA